CAAGCAGGGAGGGAGGACUGUUCAGUAGCAGAGCACCACCAUCAGAGAGAGAGAGGGACACACAGAGACAGACAGACCGAGAGAGAGCCACCUCAGAGCAGCCUCAGCCAUCAGCAAGAGUGCAUGAAAGACUCUGCCUUACCUUCAGCGCCAGAGUGACAGAGGACCUCUGGAAAGGACAGAGGGUUCCACAGGGAGAUGAGUCAGGAUUUCUCCAAACUGUCUGCUAGCUAUCAGACCGCGCUUGAUCUUGAAGAGACUCUGAUGUUUAAACAGCUGUCUGAAAGGCUCCGGUGUUUUUGAGGACCAUGGCAAAUCUGAGUCUCAAUUGCUCCAGCCAGGAGUAUCCCCAGCCCCCGGAGGACUCUCCCAAUCUGUGCAAUGGCAGCUCCCUGAACCACACCUUGAACCAGACCUGGAACCUGGAAGACUUCUUCUUGAGCAACGAGGAGCUGCUGAUUAAAUACCUGGGGCCCCGACGCUCCAGCGUGUUCCUGCCCGUCUGCAUCACCUACCUCACGAUCUUCGUGGUGGGAGUGUGCGGGAAUGCCCUCAUCUGCAUGGUGAUCGCCCAGCACAAGGUGAUGAGGACACCCACCAACUACUACCUCUUCAGCCUGGCCAUUUCCGACCUGCUGGUCCUGUUCCUGGGCAUGCCUUUGGAGCUGUAUGAGAUGUGGAGCAACUACCCUUUCCUCUUCGGCAAAGAGGGCUGCUACUUUAAGACGUUCCUUUUCGAGACGGUGUGCUUCGCCUCCAUCUUGAACGUGACGGCCCUGAGCGUGGAGAGGUACAUCGCCGUGGUCCACCCGCUGAAGGCCAAGUAUGUAGUGACCAGGACCCACGCCAAGAGAGUCAUCUUCACGGUGUGGUUGAUCUCCGUGCUCUGCGCCAUCCCCAACACCAGCCUGCACGGGAUCUUCUACCUGCUGACAGGCAGUGGCAAGGUGGUGAAGGAGUCAGCUAUCUGCACCCUGGUGAAGCCGCGCUGGAUCUACAACCUCAUCAUCCAGAUCACCACCCUGCUCUUCUUCUUCCUGCCCAUGGUGACCAUCAGUGUGCUCUACCUGCUCAUCGGGCUGCAGCUCAAGAGGGAGAAGAUGCUCCAGGUGCUGGAGGCCAAGUCUGGCCUGGGCAGAGACAGCUACCAGAGCGGCCGCGCCCAGCAGCAGAAGAUGAGGAGGAGACAGGUCACCAAGAUGCUCUUCGUGCUGGUGGUGGUGUUCGGGAUAUGCUGGGCCCCCUUCCACACUGACCGGCUCACGUGGAGCUUCAUCGAGCACUGGACGGGCGACAAGCACCUCGUCUUCCAGUACGUCCACAUCCUCUCUGGGGUCUUCUUCUACCUCAGCUCGGCCGUCAACCCCAUCCUCUACAACCUCAUGUCAACGCGCUUCCGGGAGAUGUUCAAUGAUGUCAUGUGCCAGGGGUCGCACCGGCCGAAUGGCAGGAAGUACUCCCUCAGCGUUACCCGGGUAACCACGCGCAGCGUUGUGGGCGAGCCGCCCCCCGGCCAUGGGCCGGCACUCUCCGACGUGGAGGAUUAUGAGCUCUACCUGGAGUGCAACAACGAAAACGAGACGUCUUUCACUUAGCACCGGGGCUUUAACCCAGCAUGGGACGGCAUACUGGGGCUCCUUCUCUUACUGGGGCCCGACCUCCGUCAAUUCCAUCACUCUUUUUGAAAACUUUAAAACAACGAGCAGCGUGGAGACGUCACUGAUGAUCUCACGCAGUAUGAGACACAUACAGACAUGCUCAAAUUUGUUGGUACCCUUACAGCUUAUUGAAAUAAUGCUUCAUUCCUCCUGAAAAGUGAUGAAAUUAAAAGUUAUUUUAUCAUGUAUACUUGCAUGCCUUUGGUAUGUCAUAGAAUAAAGCAAAGAAGCUGUGAAGAGAUGAAUUAUUGCUUAUUCUACAAAGAUAUUCUAAAUAUUCUAUUCGGGCAGCAGUGUGGAGUAGUGGUUAGGGCUCUGGACUCUUGACCGGAGGGUUGUGGGUUCAAUCCCCAGUGGGGGACACUGCUGUUGUACCCUUGAGCAAGGUACUUUACCUAGAUUGCUCCAGUAAAAUCCCAACUGUAUAAAUGGGUAAUUGUAUGUAAAAUAAUGUGAUAUCUGUAUAAUGUGAAAUAAUGUAUAAUGUGAUAUCUUGUAACAAUUGUAAGUCGCCCUGGAUAAGGGUGUCUGCUAAGAAAUAAAUAAUAAUAAUAAAAUGGCCUGGACACAUUUGUUGGUACCCCUUAGAAAAGAUAAUAAAUAAUUGGAUUAUAGUGAUAUUUCAAACUAAUUAGUUUCUUUAAUUAGUAUCACACAUGUCUCCAAACUUGUAAUCAGUCAUUCAGCCUAUUUAAAUGGAGAAAAGUAGUCAUUGUGCUGUUUGGUAUCAUUGUGUGCACCACACUGAACAUGGACCAGAGAAAGCAAAGGAGAGAGUUGUCUGAGGAGAUCAGAAAGAAAAUAAUAGACAAGCAUGGUAAAGGUAAAGGCUACAAGACCAUCUCCAAGCAGCUUGAUGUUCCUGUGACAACAGUUGCAAAUAUUAUUAAGAAUUUAAAGGUCCAUGGAACUGUAGCCAACCUCCCUGGGCGAGGCCGCAAGAGGUAAAUCGACCCCAGAUUGAACAGAAGGAUAGUGCGAAUGGUAGAAAAAGAACCAAGGAUAACUGCCAAAGAGAUACAAGCUGAACUCCAAGGUGAAGGUACGUCAGUUUCUGAUCGCACCAUCCGUCGCUUUUUGAGCGAAAGUGGGCUCCAUGGAAGAAGACCCAGGAGGACUCCACUUUUGACAGAAAAACAUAAAAAAGCCAGACUGGAAUUUGCUAAAAUGCAUAUUGACAAGCCACAAUCCUUCUGGGAGAAUGUCCUUUGGACAGAUGAGUCAAAACUGGAGCUUUUUGGCAAGUCAUAUCAGCUCUAUGUUCACAGACGAAAAAAUGAAGCUUUCAAAGAAAA